UUAAACUACGGUCCGUGGUCAGUAUGGGGGCCCUGUACGGCCACAUGUGGGUACGGUAUGCAGGAUAGGACCAGGGAAUGCAACAGUCCCUUCGGCUGUGCUGGUCUCGCCACGGAAACCAGACAGUGUACGCUGUUAGACUGUCCCACAAUUGUUAAAGCCACGUGGGGCGAGUGGUCGUCUUAUACCAGUUGUUCUGUAUCCUGUGGUAGCGGCGUGCAGUCCAGGUCACGUGUUUGCACUGUAGAUGGCGCGUGUGUAGAGGGCGCGGCCACAGAAGAAACUCCCUGUGAUGCAGGAGCAUGUCCCGUGAACUGGAACCCGUGGUCGUCAUUUUCACCCUGCUCUGCUACCUGCGGCACUGGGACCCGAUACAGGAGUAGAAACUGCCCGUUAGAUGGCGCUUGUAUAGGGGGCGAGGCAAGAGAGACGAUUCCAUGCGAUGCUGGCGCCUGUCCUGUGAAUUGGAACCAGUGGUCGCCAUUUUCGGGUUGCUCAGCAACUUGCGGUAGCGGGGUCAUCUUCAGAUCUCGAACUUGCCCGAUAGAUGGCGCUUGUAUAGGGGGUGCGGCACGGGAGGAAAGGACGUGUGACGCUGGACCGUGUCCGGUUUUCUGGGGCGAGUGGGGGCCAUUUACUGCUUGUUCGUCUAGCUGCGGGGCUGGUGUGCAGACGAGAAAACGAACUUGUCCGAUAGAGGGCAGUUGUGUAGGAGGAGCCGCGGAGGAAGAACAGAAGUGUGAUGCAGGAGAAUGUCCUCUCCUAUGGGGGCCUUGGUCAACGUAUUCUCCCUGCUCGGCAACCUGCGGCGUUGGGAUGCACUUCCGGCAGCGAAAAUGCCCGAUAGAUGGCGGUUGCCCCAUGGGGUCUGCUGUUGAACAGAUGCAGUGUUAUGCCGGAGAUUGUCGUACGUAAUUCCACUUAGAACCACACUGCAUCAGUUGUGUUGUGCGUUCUAGGACCCAUGUAGCAACUGCAU